GGUCAGGAGAAUGAAGGAGCUGAUCACCGACUUAAGAAGCUCCUGAUUGUUGGACAAAUUCUCCAUGUUGGCAUCUUAGCAAAUGUUUACAAAACAGUAUGGAGAAUAUGCAUAUUUAUUUUAGGGUGUAAAGGGUUCAGCUACACUGUGAGUGGUCAAAAUCCUCUGAUCAAAUUUACAGCCACAUCCUCCUCGCGCUUAGAGCUUGUCACUUUGUUCAUCGCGCCAGUUCAUACUGGCUUAUCAUGUUGCCUCUGUAUGUUCCACUUGCCUUUUACAGUUGCUAUGGUUCUAAGCCCAGUUGUUCGAAGGCCAAUUAGCACUAACCCAAGGUUAAAUUGCAAUCUGGAUUUCUUUAUUCCUUAG